AGAUAAAGAACUGCGAACCUCCUCGGCUUCCUCUGACCUCUGCUGCGCUGCGCUCCGCGUCCCUUCGCCUCCAGCCCCCAUGGCGGCGAGCUGAGGCUGAUGCCUUGCGGCGUCGGAUCGGACGCGGCGGCCACGAGCCCUAGGCGCCCGCCGGUCCCUCCGCCCCCGAUUCGCCCGCGCGGGCUUCCCGAGUCGUGGCGUGCCGGAGCCUCCUCCUCCCGAGAUUCAGGACUCCUCUGGUGCCGCCGCCUAGGUGAGGCUGCCCGUGCUCCAACUCCGCGUUUGUGGAUCCAUUGAGCAGUAUUUGAGUUCUUCAGUUCGGAAUUCGAGCAGAGCGCCGAUAAUAGAUUGAAGUGCUAGAUGCCAAAGAUAAAGAACCUCUCGAAUGCUUGUAAAAUAUCAUUUUCUCCGGAUGGGCCGAUAUCUGAAGAGGCGCUUGAGAGAGUCCGUGCACUGCUAGAUGAGAUACGACCUUUAGAUGUCGGCCUAGACAAUGAAGCACAAAUUGCACGCAAUUGGAAUAGUUCUACACGCCAACCAAAUGGGAGACGAGGACGUAAUGGGGCUAACCAAUUUGCCGCUCCGAUCAAAUAUUUGCACAUUUAUGAAAGCGAAAGUUUUUCUAUGGGUAUAUUUUGUAUGCCACCAUCCUCAGUUAUUCCACUUCACAAUCAUCCUGGGAUGACUGUACUAAGCAAGCUUCUUUAUGGAAGAUUGCAUGCCGAAUCUUAUGAUUGGAUUGACAUAGCUGAUCCAGUUAACCCAUUACAAGCGAGACCAGCAAAACUUGUCAGAGAUUGUGAAAUGUCUGCACCGGAGACAACCAUUCUUUACCCCAAUAGAGGUGGUAACAUCCACACUUUCAGAGCCAUCACACCUUGUGCUCUCUUCGACGUCCUUUCUCCACCAUAUUCUGCUAAGGAGGGGAGGCACUGUUCAUACUUUCGGAAGUCUCCAGUGAAGGAACCACCUGUUGUUUUGCCCAGUGAAGUAGAUAGCUCAGAAGUAGCCUGGUUGGAGGAGUUGGAGGACCAUCAGCCCCCUGAGGGCUUUGUUGUUGCGAGAGGUCUGUAUAAAGGCCCUAUCAUAAGGAGAUAAUUUGGUUUGGAACACGUUAUCCAGAAACUACGGAUCAGCUGAAAUAGGUUGCAUGCUUGUGUAUCUAUUUCAGCUGAAAGAGAUGCCUCAAAAAAAAAAAAAAAAAUCUUGUGAUUUAGUAAAGCAAGCAUGAAUGGAUCACUGUGCAGCAAACGGUUUACUUUGUACAUGUCAAAGUGAUCUGUGAUAAUUUAACAUCAAUUGUACAGGACAAGAUUGAAUAUUGAUGGUUUGGCCACCAUUUCAAUUAUGUGCCCACUGCUGGAGCAUCUCUGACCUAGUUGCGCGGCUCUAUCAGAUCAAGAACGUGGAAUACACACUUUUGGGCAGUCUAGCAUAGCACUUGUAAUGCUGUAGUAGGUAGAUCAGUGGAACAAUCUUUUCACCUAAUUAUGAUUUCAGAAAGAAUUUGGGGGUAGGGUACCAUUUUGUUGAUCUCAUGGUGUAACAGCUGCAUUACUAUUUUCUGAGAUUUUCUAGACAUUUGUCACGUUUCUUGUAAGGAAAUCAGUUUGGUUCUUA